CCCCCCUUUUUUUGCAGCUAUUGGACAAACAGGGUGGCAGUGAUGGUUUUUUAACUCGUUCGAUUCUUCGUUCUCACCACUCACCCUGUUCUGUGUUCCUGGCUCUAAGAUUGUUUCAAGUUUGGUUAUACUCCACAUGCUGUAUUGUUCUCAAAUACCGAUGGACGGAUGAUCCUGGUCUUACUAUCAAGGGAAAUGCUAGAUUCUGUUGUUGCAUUUCAUGUUUCCCCAUCUUCUGUCCUAAAUAAUACCGCUGCUUGAGGUACAUCCUGUAGCACCAAAACUCAUUUUUUGCGUUCAUAGAAUAUACAAAAAAUAUCAAAUCCUAAAUGCACCAUCAUUCCACUUCAGCCCAAAAAAAUAAAAAACAAACUCGAGUUUUGAGUAUAGAAUGAAAUUGAAACCGUAGUUAUUCUUGAGUUGGAUAUCAACCACAAUUGUCUUCUGUUCUCAUAUUUUCUCGUCUUGUUUUUUCUUCCAAUUCUCAGAGAUGCAACUUCAAACACUUGCUCCAUCAAAAUAUUAUCCUAAUGCACCUUGUCUACCAAUUUUUUCUUUUUGUUCCAUCCGCUUCCAGCCCAUAGGCUCAUAUAGUAAAGGUCUCUCCAACUCAAAUUUCAUUAGUGAGUUUUGUAGUUUGAGAAAGGUUACUGAAUCUUUAACUAGUUGGAGGAAGCAUGAUGGUUUAGUUAGUAUCAGAUGUGAGGGUUUCAAAGAAAAUGAUGAUAGUUUUUAUAUGAGGAGGUGUGUGGAGCUUGCAAGAAAGGCAAUUGGGUGCACAAGCCCAAACCCCAUGGUUGGAUGUGUCAUUGUCAACGAUGGACAUAUUGUAGGUGAAGGGUUUCACCCAAAAGCAGGGCAGCCUCAUGCUGAGGUUUUUGCCUUGAGGGAUGCUGGGGAUUUGGCUGAAAAUGCAACAGCUUAUGUCAGCUUAGAACCUUGUAACCAUCAUGGGAGAACUCCACCCUGCACUGAAGCAUUGAUUCGGGCCAAGGUGAAAGAGGUGGUGGUUGGAAUGGUGGACCCAAACCCAAUUGUGGCUUCAAAAGGUGUAGAAAGGCUAAGAGACUCUGGAAUUUAUGUGAGGACGGGUAUUGAGGAAGAACUAUGCAGGAGGCUUAAUGAAGCAUAUAUCCAUCGAAUGCUUACAGGGAAGCCUUUCACCACGCUUAGAUACUCUCUGUCAGUCAAUGGCUGCAUCCUAAAUCAAAUAGGACAUGGAGCCACAGAGGCCGGUGGAUACUAUUCAGAAUUACUUCAGGAAUAUGAUGCAGUUAUGCUUUCUAGUGCCACAUCUUCUCUGUCCUUCCCUAUAUCCAAAGAACCUAGAGCCAAUCAACCUCUACAAAUUAUCAUAGCUACACGUCCAGAAUCAUUAUUACAGUUGCCUGUUCUCACCACAGAGACCACUUCCCGGGUGAUAAUUUUUACCACAAAAAGCAUAGUUGCUGGCCUAGAAAUGGCUCAACAGGGAAUUGAAAUUGUGGCAUUUGAUCAGAUAAAUUUAAAUAUAAUCCUGGAUUAUUGUGCAAAGCAGGGGUUGUGUAGUGUUUUGAUGGACUUGCAGGGGGAUUGCACUGAUUUUCGAGAGCUGCUUGAAGAGGGUCUUGUGCAAGGGUUGUUACAGAAAGUAGUGAUGGAAGUGGUACCACUCUGGAAUCAGGGUGAAGGAAGUUCAGUUCUUGCAUUAAAGAACUCAGAUAAGAGAUCUCUUGGUUUAAGAAACUUAAAAUCAAGGACUAUAAGGGAGAUCGUUUUGGUGGAUGGCUAUUUUUGUGAGAGUUAGAUGAGACCCUCGAACAAAUCAAGUGAUGACU